UAAGGAUGAACUAGGUGAACGAUGGUCUGCUGUUUUUGUUCGACGCUGUUUGAGCGCUUCACCUGUCGCAAUCAUCGGCGAAGGAGAGCCAUACAUACCCGUGGCCAUAAGAACAUUGUCGAUGGUGCGUCGAGGAAAAGUAUGCCGAUGAGAAGAAUUUCUCGUGGCGAUCCGAAAAUCGAAGAAAAUAUCGAGGAUGUCAAGGCAAUUGAGCCUGACUAUCCCCAGUGGCCUACCUGGGACGAUAAACCCGAGACGGAGCGAUACAUUCAUGAGAAACCCGUGGCAUCGGUCUCUCCUCUCCCGAACCAGACCAGCCAGAACGAGGAUUCUGAGCAAGCCAUCGCGCUUUACGAUUUCGCAGCUCAGCACGAGGACGAGUUAUCAUUCAGCGCUGGAGAUCGUCUCCUGGUCACGUCUCGAUGCGAUCAGGAUUGGCUCUAUGGAUGCGCACUAAAAGACUCGAAAUACGGUAUAUUCCCGGCGAGCUUCGUCCAAAUUGGUUCCGAAAGCGGCUCCGAAACUGAAUCUCUCAAAGAAAUAGAAAGCAAUUGUGAAAACCUCGAUGGAGCUGAGGGCGCGAAGAAACCGAUCCAAACGACGACUAAAUCAUCGGACGGUCGACCCGUAAUCGCCAUUUUCGCCUUCUCUCCGGAGCAAGAGGGCGAUCUCGGAUUCGAGGAGGGAGAAACUAUAAGUGUGCUCUCACGGAUCAACAAGGAUUGGUUGAUGGGGAGGAACGCGAGAGGUGAAGUUGGUCAGUUCCCGGCAGGUUUCGUCCAACUCACGGACACGACGAAUUCCCAAAAUUCGACGACUCUCGCCGACUCCAACGUUUAUGUCUGCAUUUUCGACUUCGAGGCCCAACAAACGGAUGACCUCACCAUCAGAGCUGGAGAUAAGAUACGGGUGACGGAGAAAAUUUCGGAAGAAUGGUGGCAGGGUCACGUCUUAGGAGACAAACGUGAGGGAAUAUUCCCUUCGAAUUUCGUCGAGCCCUUAUAGAAGCUCAUCAAUGCAGCGAGCGAGAUUACCUGGAACUCAUCGAUUCCUGCCCGUGAUCGAAGUCUGAACACUCUCGCCGGUGCUUGAAAAAAAAACCAGGAGAUUCUACCGAGUUCAGCGGCAGCAACCGAGUUGAGAGCCGAUCGCGUUUUGUCGACCACAAAGCAAUGCGUGGAUUCAAGUGUCAAAAACCCCUAGCGAUGAUAGUCAGAGCUCUAGAAUCAUGGAACUGUUCGAUACCUCUCCCAUUCUCGCAGGCAUGCAUAUCUUCGUUGAUUUAUAUCGAUUGCAUAGUGAUUGUUCAGUGGUGUUCGCGGAGAAGCCAGUCGAUCCUCCGAACGAGAGAGAAAGUUUGUACCGGAGGAUGUCUACAAUUACUCUCGGAUAGUGGGUUACCCCUGUGAUCGGCAGAGUGAUAAUAGGGUUUCGAUGACGGAUUAUUCUUUUUUACGAUCAUUCUACAAAUUGGGGAUCUAAGUCAAUACAUUGCCGGAUAGAAACGUUGUACAUUCAUAAUUUUAGGAAGAAUCGCAUACGAGAUAAUGAGUCAACCGGCACGAACCUCUGCGAAAAGAAACCUCAGCGUGUCUAGAAGCCUCGUAAACGACGCCAUAAACGUUCACAAGCUCGGAUCCUAUAGGUAGAGAAGUCGAAGAAUAAAGUUGGAAGAUGAUCGAGAGAA